CGACGGCGAAAAGGUCAUUCGUAUUAUAAGUAGUAUCAAGAUAUCAAGAGGCGAUUCAGCCGUUUAGUCUCAAAUAAACCCGUCUUCGUAAGAACUCACGCCGCUUGUGCGGAUUCCACCCGUCAUAUGUUCAACCAGCAUCUUUCCAAAGAUCAGCCUCAACCACAAGAUUCCCGCAGAGCAGUUCAACCUCCCAAAUAACAGGCCAAAAUAACUUAGAUUCUUAAUAUCCCGAAAAGAUUACUCCAUGUCCAAGAAUCUCGUAUCCUCAAACCCAUUCACUCACCCAUCAUCCUCUCCACAAAAGCCGUCGUCAUCUCCCAUACCCAAACCGUCACAACACAGCCACCACAACCUCAACCUCCCUUCCAUCCAACACAACUCACAACACAACUUCACCUCUUCUCAGCCCUUCCCAUAGAAACCUCCAAAAAUCCAUCCUCACCCUCCCUUCCACCAUUCUUCUCCAAAAACAAUCCCCUCCCAACACCAAAAAACACAAGAACCAACACCCCAUCACCCAACAACCCAAACAAUAAAAACCCUCCCAAAAACUCCAAUAAAAAAAAGACAAACCACAAAAAAGAAACACAACCCAAUCACACUCACCCUCCCUCCCCAAAAUGGCAAUUCAUCUUCCCCGAUGCGGAUAGGUAGCCAAAGGAAGUAA